AACCUACACAGGCAGCGUCCUCACUUGCGGAAGUCAGUUCACGACUUUGACCUAAAAGGCGCUUUCUGUAAGCCAGUACCGGGAGAAUAGUAAACACAGUCAGGUGUUAAGAUCUAGAUCGAGUUGUUCCAGUAAGAUUUGUUGAGUUAGUUGUGUUAGGUCGAAGCCUUGUACUUUCAUACUCUGUGAUAGGUCGCGGAAAUUUUCUGUGUUCUAUUUCAUUCAACGCUAUUUGGAUUAGGGAAAAAAACAGUCUAAUUAAUUUCAAUGAUGGGAGGCUGUUUCGGUAAGAAAAGUGGAGAAAUUAUGAUCUACGUUCAGACUGGGGACCGGCGAAAUGCCGGUACGGAUGCCAAUGUGAAGAUUGUCAUGCAUGACGAGUACAAUCACGCUUCGGACCCCAUCACCUUGGACAACUACUUCAAAAAUGAUUUCGAGAGAGGCUGUUUGGAUACGUUCUAUGUCCCAUCCAGCAAAAUAAGGCAGCUCCAGCGGAUGGGCAAGAUCGUCCGCAUAGAGCUCUGGCGCAACGAUGCCGGGGUGGCCAGCGACUGGUACGUGGACAAGAUCGUGAUUGAGAACAGAGUGACCAACAGCUCUUUCGUCUUCCCGAUCUUCCGCUGGAUCAAGGCCAAGUACCACUACCAGAUCAAACACUUGGACACGUCGCUGCCCCAGCAGGAGGAGUUUCCUGAGCAGAGAAAAAUGGAAUUAGCCGAAAAGAGAAAGGAGUACGAGUUUGACCAGAAGGUUCCCGGCGCCCCAGUACAGGUCAAGUCAAUGCCCUCAGAUGAGCAGUUUUCAUUUGAUUAUAAGUGGGAUAUCGUGAAAACAAAGAUGAAGCUAAUCGCGGUCAGUAAACUGGUCAUGCUGACCAAAGGAGAAUGGGCGGACCUCUCUGAUCUCAAGAAUGUCUACACGAGAGAUAUCUUUUAUCAGCCUUACCAAGGAGCUGAUCGAUGGAGCAAUGAUCUCUAUUUUGGUCUUCAGAGGGUGGCAAGUUUAAACCACUCCCUCAUUGAACUUGUGAAAGAAAUGCCAGACAAACUUCCAGUCACGGAUGAGUUGUUACAACCUCUGUUGGAAGGUUACACCAUUGCUGAGGCCAUAGCAGAUAAGAAAUUGUUCAUUUGUGAUCUGAAGGUUUUGGAGGGAAUUUCAAAUAGAGAUGGCUUCGUACUCUGUAAACCCAUUGGUCUGUUUUAUUGUGAUAAAAGUAAUCAGCUGAAACCUGUGGCCAUACAACUCUUUCAGAAACCAGGUCCAGACAACCCAAUUUUCACCCCAUUAAACCCAUCUCUAACAUGGGCCCUAGUCAAGAUGUGGUACAAUAAUGCUGAUGCUGCUUAUCAUCAAGCACUAACACAUCUUGGUUGUACACAUUUGUUAAUGGAAGGUGUUACUGUAGCCACACAUCGAAACCUUUCCCAAUCCCAUCCAAUCUUCAAGCUACUGGCGCCUCACUUUUUGUACCUCAUUGCUAUCAACACACGAGGCUUAGAGCUUUUAAUUGCAGAGGGUGGAUGGGUGGACAAGACAAUGAACUAUGGAACAAAAGGACUUAUGGAGCUCAUAAUCAAAGGUUUGAAUCAGUGGAGGAUGGAUGUAGAUGGAACACUACCAGAAGAUCUUAAAAGAAGAGGGCUUGAUGACACCAAUGUACUGCCCUGCUACCAUUUUAGAAAUGAUGCUUUGCUACUCCACCAAGCCAUCAAGAAAUAUGUCAGAGCUUACAUAGACUUAUAUUAUACAAGUCCUGAAUUGCUGGAGAAUGAUAUUGAAGUUCAAGGUUGGGCAGAAGAACUUGCCAAACCAAGAAACUACUCAAGUGGUGGAGUUGGCCUUUUGGGAGUACCAGGUAAUGGUAGAAUCAAAACAAAUGAACAACUGGAGAUGAUUGUUACCAGUAUCAUCUAUACAUGCAGUAUUUCCCAUGCGUCCACUAAUUUCCCACAGUAUGAUGAAUAUGCCUUUCCACCAAAUUACCCUGGACUUUUGAGAGGCAAACCGCCAUGCAAUGUGUCAUGGGCUGCAACAGAAAGGGACAUUCUUAAUGCCUUGCCUGACAGACCAACAACUUUAGACAUUAUGAUUGUUACCAAGAUCCUAAGUUCUAAAGGCACAAAAAGUAUUGGAGAUUUUGAAGUUCAGUUUGUGUUUGAUCCAAAAGCUUGUGAAGUAUUAGAUCAAUUCAGAAAAGAUCUUCAUGCUAUCAAUGAGACAAUUAAAGAGAGAAACCUACACAGAAAUCCUCCAUACGAAUAUCUGAAACCAGAAAUCAUUCCAAACAGCAUUAGUAUUUAAAAUUAAACAGGGUAUCUAGUUUCUUCAAUUUUUAUGGUCCUGUAUAUUAUUACAGUAUCCAGAGAUAAUAUUUUAAUUUAAAACAUCAAAACAUAGUCACAGAGAAUCCUCAUAAAGAUACAAAAGAUCUUUGUGGGAUUAGUGAAGUAAGUGUUGAUUCAAGGUGUAGUGUAUCCAACUCAAUGACCAACAGACUUAUUUAUUCCUCACUCCUUCCACAAACAAAAUGUCCAUCAACCAUUAAUAGAAGAGUAACCAAUGGAAGUUAUAAUAUGCAGAGUCACAUUUCUUGUCUCCAGGAAUGAAACUUUUGGUCAUUAGUUUUAGCAAAUGGGCCAAUAUUGCACUACUGUAGGUGGUUCUCUAGGCAUGUAAUGUGCUAAAGUUUCCAGUGGCAUUUAGGAAAAUGAUGUAUACAGUCUUUCUUUAUGAGGAAUUUUGUUUCAAUUUUUUUUUUCUUUAAUGAUUGCAUAAUUUCUGUAAAAUUUAAGUCUUUCAGAAAUUAUCAUCAAGGUUACUUGUAUUCUAUUGAUAGUAGACAUUUUCUUUGCCACUGUAUUUAGGAUAUUGGUAAAUAUGAAUUUCUAAUAAUUAUAUUACAAUUUCAAAAGAUCUAUUGAAAUAUUAGUUAUGUCAAAUACCUCCCUUUACAUUUUUUUAAUAUAAAGAUUAUAGCCAAUAUCAUUUAUGUAAAUAAACAUAUUUUUACAGAUUUUUACUUUACUACAUUUUUAAAAAUCCUUUAUUUGUUUUGGAAACUAUGAAUUGUUCAUCAUACUGUGUUCUUGUUUCUUCAGUCACUUUUUGAUUUCAGACAUUUCAUAACCCUGUAACAUUCUAGUUUGACUGUUUAAACAAAUGAUUUUUACUAUAUCCAUAUUCUAUGUAUACCCUACUUGAUCUGUGAUGAAAAUAUAUACACUCCUUUAUGUUGCACUGUGCUUUUAACAUGCUAAGUUUUUCAUACUGAGCUUCUAAGUGUAAAUCAAAAUGAGAUGUAAGACAUUCCAUUAAAAACUUAUAAUCAAACUGCACAAUGUGGCAGCUUAUCUCUGUAUUUGCCUCUCCAGUACUUUUUGGAAUAGGCAUUUUACUUCAUAUCCAAAAGCUAUUUCUCCCCCUGCAAACUGUUCUACACACCAAAGAUACCAUCUAUUUUAUUUUUAAAGUAAUUAACAAAACUAUUUUUAAAUAUUGUGCUGUGAAAUCUACCAUAGUAGUGUAAUUAUAAAUUUAUGCCAGGCAGAAAGAGACAAAAGUGUGAGAUUGUGCACAAAUUGAAAAGAAAUGAUUUUGAUUGUUGAAGAGUUUUUAUUUCAACUAAAAAGAAUGUUGUUUUUUUUUACUGAUUCUAGCAAACUAUUAAUAAGCAUUUUAUAAGUUUAUUUUGGACUAGAAUUGUAACUUGGUAUCCUGAUGAAUAAGGAAAUAAACAUCUCAAAUAACUUUGUUCAUUAAAUAUAAAGAUUUAAUAACUUAAAGGAAUUGUUUUUUCACCAUUUGUUUAAAAAAAAAAUAAAAUUUUCUCUAGUUUUAAGAAAAUGUUUGUAUUAUCUAUAGAAAAUCAUGAUAUGUUAACUCUAUAUAUGUUUACUCUAUUGGUAGGAAAAAAAAUAUUUUUUUAAAACUUUAAUUUAUUUUAUUUCAUAUAAAUAUAGAUGUAAUUUUUGGAAAGGUACAUUUGAACAUAGAUUUUACAUAAGUCUGCUGCCUCUACAAAAUACUGAACUUGAAAAAAAACAAAACACUUUAAAACCACAAAUAAUUAGAACAAAAUAUAAGUAUAGGCUAAUAUUUUUUUUCUAGUCUAUAUUAUUACACUUUCUGAAUGCUGUUAAAAUGUUUUAUCUUGUUUUCUAAAAACCAUCCUCAUCACAGAUAUGCAUGCUAGUUUACUAAAGGUUACUUAUAUAGAGACUUAGCCUUAGAACUAUUUGUAUUAUAGAUACCAAACAAAAGAUGAAAAAAUAAAUUGUAAAAUGUGAUAAACUGACAAGCAAAUAAUAUGCUUGAUAAAUAUUCAAUGCUGUUUUUUUUUAAAUUAUAAUCUGCUUAAUUAAUAAUAAUUAUAGACCCUGGUACUGGUCUAGAUAUUUUUUUAUUCUUUUGUCAGUUUUUGAAAAAAUAAAAUAACACGGCUUUUGUGAAGUGUACCCUGAAUUGAAUAAUACAUUUAUAAUAAAUUUUUAAUAUAUUGAUUCUGAUAGCAUUUAUAAAUGAUUCAACUACAAACUAAAGUUAUGUUCAUUACUUUGUUGACUUUGUUAAUGUACAGUAUAUAUUUUUGUAUGGAAGUUUAACUUUUUUUUUUAACAAAGAUAUACAGUAAGGCUUUCAUAUUUGUCAAUAAUGCAUUAUGGCGAAAAAGACAAAUAUUGAGGCUCAACUGAAGCAUUUUUAGAAAGAAAAAAAAGGACCUCUUUUCAACAAAAAAAAAUGAAAUGCAGAAUAAAGGUUUUCUUAUUGAGACUUUGCAAGUUUGUAAUUUUGAAACCAUGCCUUUAUUUUGACUUAUUUAAAACUAUAAUAUGUGCUAUUUCAUGACAUUGUUUUUUCAUUAUAUUUUAAAAUAAGCAUUUUAGUUACAGAUUUUGUAUGCCUACUUGGCUACGUUGUUUUUUUUGUCUGACAACAAACGUUUUGACAAAAAUAUUUUACAGCAGUUGACACCAUUUAAUUUGUUAUAUUUCUUCUGAGCUGGCUUUGGGCAUUCAGAACAUUUUUUGUUUGUUUGUUAAUGAAUGGCCAUUUCAAAUUGUAAGAAGCUCACUUAAAGUAUUUAAUACCCCAUCAUCUAUAAAUAUAUGCAUUUUUUUUUUGUUCACUGUAUUUUUAUUUUGAUAUUGUUAUACUCUUUAAGGCCCCCACACACUUUAUAAGUAUUACUUACGUUGCAUGACAUUUAAAUCAAAAACAUGACAUUACAGUUAUAGCUUUCACAAGCUUAAAGAGGUUAACCUAAUGACACAUAUUUUGUCUGAAACAGCAGCCUCAAUUAAUAUACAGACAUAAACAUUUGGGCUUAUUUUUAAAACAUGUUUUAGCAGUGGUAUUUUAUUAAAGGUAUACUUAUAAAUGGAUCCUGAGUAAUUUAUAUUCUGAAGGUUAACUCUUUAUCUCCAUAAUUAUUUUUCCAUGUUCAGACAGAAUUGUUCAUUUUCCAUAUUCUACCCUGUUAUGAUUAAACUUCAAUAACAUUUUUGUUUGUAAUCAGAAAGCAUUACUUUUGGUAUAGAAUUAUAGGAGAAUGCAUGCUCUUUUUAUAUAACACAAAUUAAAUUUUAUAAAAACAGAAAUUAAUUUAAUUUAAUGAGGUCAAAUCAAUGAUGUUAUCAUUAAUUAGGAGAAAAAGAGUUAAGUAAACCUAUUUUCAUUCACUGAGAAAGAUUUCUGAACUGAACUUGCAACUGAUUAACUCUUCAGAGCAUCCUGUGUAGAACCACUAUUUUGACAUUUAUUUUACCUGUUAAAAAAAAAGGGGCAUUAAAAUGAGGGGGUAAUUAUAUUAAGAGUCUAGUAACUCUGCGCUGAAAAAUAAAAUUACUUUGCAUUGUAAUGAUUUUGUUCUAUUGUAAAUACAUAUUUUUCCUUUUAGCUUAUUUUUCACAAUAAGUUGUGGCCAAAUAUAUUUUAUUAUGACCAUUUUGGCUUCAUGUUUUUAUGUAUUUGUGCAAUUUGUACAAUUUUCAAUGUGUAAAUAAAGCUUAUAUUAUUAAAAAAUA